AUGGCUAUCUUCAAAAAGAAAGCAGGCACCCUGUUUUUGGCAACUCUCAUGGUCAUCGCUACUCUUCGACUAGCCACAACGGCAAACAACGAGAUACAAACAGAUGCUCUCCCCCUACCUGCGAAGUGCUAUGAGUUGGACUUACCUAACUACACGUUGGAAUCAUGCAACAAAUUUUGCCAUGGAGGAAAGUGCACUUCCUACGAUGGCUGUUGCUGCCCCAUUGCCUAA